CAAUAAGUGAGAGCUACCACAAAAUAAAAUGGCAAUGAAGUCCACCUUUCAUAUCCCUACUGUGGAUAUAUCACCGUAUAUUGCUGAUUCGACAAGCUCUGCAGCAGCCACGGUCGUCGACCAGAUCCGGGCGGCUUGCUCAACCAGUGGAUUCUUCCAGAUUGUUGGACACGGCGUGGCUAAGGAAUUGCAGUCUCAAGUGGUCGAUUCUGCCAAAGCUGUUUUCAGCCUGCCUGUGGAGGAGAAACUCAAGAUGAGUGGGAUUCCAGGUCGUGGAUAUGAGGCAAUCGGCACACAAGCACUGGAGGAGGGCAAGCCAACAGAUCUCAAGGAGGGAUUUUACAUUGGUCGUGAGAUCCCCAACAAUAAACCUCCAUACCGUCCAUUUCAGUCGCCCAAUGUCUGGCCUCCAACAAGCUUGAUCAGCCAGUCAUGCUUUGAAGACCCUUUGACUCAGUAUCAUCGAUCGAUGAUAUUUCUUUCAGACAUUAUCCUGCAGAUUCUCGGCCGUGGUCUUGAUCAUGUUGAUACUACCAUUUUCUCCCAGUUCUGCAAGGAUCCCAUCGCCGUGGUUCGACUGCUUCACUAUCCACCGCAUCCUGUCGAUGCAGAGGCUAAUGCAGUAGGAGCUGGUGCACAUACUGACUUCGGAGCCAUCACUCUAUUGCUCCAAGACGGCCACUCGGGCCUACAGGUCCUCAAUCAAGACACGAAUGAAUGGUUAGAUGUCCCUCCCAACCCCGAUGCCUACGUUGUAAAUGUGGGAGAUAUGCUUCAAAUCUGGACAGCAGGGGCUUACAAGAGCAAUGUUCAUCGGGUCAUCAACACGAGUGGCACAGAGAGAUAUUCAGUUCCAUUCUUCUUGGACGGUAAUGCUGACUGUGUAAUUAAACCAUUGGAUGGGUCGGCUGGGAAGGAAGUGACGGUGGAAGAACACAUGCUUUCACGGUUCAGACAAACAUACACCACAAUCUGAACUGACGAGGGAAAAAAGAGGACGACGGUGGCAACGAAUGAUUGUGAUGAUAUGGGCUGAGUAGAAGUUUCUAGUAGGCUCUGAUGGCAGGCAACAAGGGGGGCCAAGGGGCACUAAAUAGGGGGUGAGCGUCAAUCUAGAGGGGAGUAGGGCCUAUUUUGGGGAAUUCCAGGCGUGGAUGAGCCCGAGUGGCCACUGUAGCCCUUAACAUCCUGACCACGUGGUAACUUAAGGCCAGGCUGUCCCCUUGCCAAGGACACUUCUUCACCCCAACCAGCAAAAAGGGUGAAUGACAG